UCGGCGGCGGCUGGACAGUUCCCCGGUCCUGACCGACCUUCACCGCCCGGGCCGGGGGGUGGGGAUAAAAGGGCCCGGCGGCGGCGCGCGCUCCCGCUCCCGCCUCCACUGCGGCUGCGGCGGCUACGGGCAGCGGCACCGCGGGGACGGCGGAGAGGUCCGGACCCGAUGCGGCCUUUGCGCGCCGGGGUGGGAGGCAGCCCCCGGAGGAGCCCGCCCGCCCGCCAUGCCCUGGAGCGUCCGGUGGGUCGGCGGCCGCGGCGCCCAGUCCCAGAAGCACUGCAAGAAAUCCUCCUUCGCCUUCUACCAGGCGGUGAGGGACCUGCUGCCCGUCUGGUUCCUGGAGGACAUGCGGACCAUGGAGGUCUUCCACUGGGAGGACGGGGGCAAGGUGAGCGUGUACUCGCCCUCGGAGGCCCUGCUCUACGCGCUGGUGCACGACCACCAGCCCUACGCCCGGCACCUGCUCACUAAGUUCCCCCAGAGCGCCCUGGCUGUGCCCAGCCAAAGCUUCAGCUGCUGCCAGUCCUCAGCCCCACACCUGGCCAUGGCCGUCCGCUACAACCGGGUCCGCAUCCUCUUCCGAAUCCUCAAGGCCAUCCAAGCCUUCCCGCCCGGUGACAGAGCUGGCCACCUGGACCGCCGGGGCUGUAGCCGCGUGGAGGGUGGCAAGACAGCCUUGCACGUGGCCUGCGAGCUGGUGCGACCCGAGUGCUUGCUCCUGCUGCUCGGGCACGGCGCAUCGCCCUGCUUGCAGGACAGUGCGGGGAACACCCCCUUAGACACUUUGCUGCAGCAGAUCGCCCACACGCCGGCAGCAAACAUGCGUGCCAAGCUCCUCUGCCUCGACUGCCUCUUCUUCUUCGUGCCUCAGGACCUCCAGUUCACAAUGAAACAGCAACUGUUGGACAACCGGCAGCGGUGGCAGGACCUCCUGGGGGAGAACAGGCUCCAGUGCCUGCUGGGCUUAGCUCCCCCAUCGCUGUUUGUCGGAGCCAUGCGUGUCUUGAUCAGGACCAUUUCACCUGAGCAUUUCCCAGAGGCUUUGGACAAUUUGCCUCUGCCUCAUUUUCUAAAGCCUUUGGACUUGAAACUGGAGAGCUAGAGGGGUGGCAUGAGAGCCUCCUGCUCACCUGACAGAAAUAGACUUGUGCUAAAAAUAUAUCUGUAUAUGAAGCUGCUAAUGCAGCAGCCAAGUAUCUGUUUUAAUUAGGACUGUAUUUUUUAAAAGAAUUGUAUCUGGCACUUUACAAUAUAUUUUAUUUAAAGAUCCUUGCAGUGAGGUGAGGUCUGCACUGCAUUUUAUAAAAUUAUGUACGAAUGAGGGUACGUAGGAGAAUAUAUUUGUAAAUACAUCUAAAUAAAACAGUGGCAGAUGUGAUCAAAAUACAAA